AAAAAUUUGUGGUGAUUAGAGUUUAACAAUGGCUGAUUUAUCAACUAACAGUACAGGACUGUCACCAGUUCUUAUUGCUCUGCGGACUUGCUUCAUCGUUUUCCUUGGACUGCUGAUUGUAGCUGGCAAUAUUCUCUCGAUCUCUGUGACACGCCGCGUGACCAACUUGGCCGACAGCACCAAGGUCCUCAUGACCACGUUGGCGGCGUACGACCUGCUCGUUGGGUUAUUGUCGCUUCUAAACAGUGUCGCCUCGGGUCUUAACCAGUGGCCAUAUGGUGACAUAGGAUGCACCAUUGCCUCAUACUGUGAAAAUACAAUUCUCUGCAUGUCCAUGUAUUCAAUCAUCUGCCUGAACGUGGAUCGUUAUAUCGCGAUAACAAAACCGUACAAGUUUCCCGUAUGGUGCACCAAACGACGCGUUAUCGUACUUGUAGUCAGUCUGUCGGUUCUCUCUCUGCUAAGUUCAGGGGCUAAUCCACUGGUUUUUGGAGUGCACGCACAGUAUUUCCCUGGCCCAGCAAUGUGUUUUUUCGACAGCAAUUCAAAUGAGGUGAACAUAAUUGGUCUUCUAUUAAUUGAUACUAUCCCAACACUUGUCAUGACAGGGCUUUACUAUCCUAUCAUUCGCAUCAGUCGCCAACACGAACUACGUGAAAACCGUAACCAGAACGAGGGGAACAACAUCGCCAGGGAGCACAAAGCGCUGAAGACGUUUCUCGUGGUAACGUUGACGUUUUGCGCGUGCUACACGCCGUUCGCUACGUUGCGCAUCAUGGAGGGUUUCACAGGCUGGACGACUCCGGACUGGCUCGGGUUUCUAACAGUCUGCUUGCUUUAUUCCAACAGCGCCUUCAACGUGUUUAUUUACUGUCUCUUCAACCAGGCUUACCGCCAAACGGCAAAGAAGAUUAUUACAGAGAGACUCCCGUGUUUGAAAAGGUCGACCGUUGGACCAGUAAAUAUCUAAUGGCAAGACUUUUCAAAAAGAGAAUUCACCAACCACUCAGCAAAAGAUCAUUUGAGGUGGCAGCUACGAUAAAAGUAGAAACAUGCACGCCACUGUCUCUUAACUAAGUAUUUAGAUUGUCAAUAAUAAUUAAGUCAGCCCACAGGGUAAUUGCAAAAGCCGUAAUGGGCUUCAUCAAAGGUAAUCAACGUCCCUCAGUUUUUUAUAUUGCCACAAAAUUUGUGACAAGGUUAAUAAUAAUCUUGUGGAAAUGAUGCUCUUGCUAUGUUAGUAUUGCUAGGGGUUGUAUAGGGAAGGAGAGCUAUGGACAUCUUAAUUACGACAUCAAUCUAUGCCAAAAAUGAAGAGGGCAUUACGGAAAGCAAUGACAUCAUCAGACAGGGCUAUACUGACAGCAGUCUUACUGCCGGAGAUUGGUGUUUAAUAAUUGAGAUAGUGU